CUAAAUUUCUGGGGGGGGGGGAGAAGGAGACUCGCGUCGACGAGGGAGAGGGGAUCGCGGGAUCGAGUCGUGAAGCUGGGGACAUUUUAUUGCAGGCCACGGCUCUCUUGUCUUUUUCUUCCUCGCUCUCUGGCUCUGGGUCUACCUCUCUGUCUGUCUCGCUCAUCUAUUUUCUGUAGCUGCUCUACUUUGUUCGCGGACUUCGAAGAGCGGGAGAGGAAAACAAAGAUGGUGGAUUUGAUGAUGAUGUGAUGAUGGUGGUAGCCGUGACGACGACGAUGAUGGUGGACACUGCUUAGUCAUGCAGAGCUUUGCGUCUUCUCCGGGCUCCCUGGCAAUGGAUGCGCAAACCAGCCGUAUGCACUCUAGGGUUUCCGAUCUUGGAGACAUUCAGCAGGCCACCGGAUUCUGCCUCCAGGACGCCAUGAACCUUGCUCGAAGUCCCAUAUUUACUGCUAAAUCCCGCGGACAGGCAGUUAAUCCCGGCGCGUUGCAGAUAACCAAUCCAUUGGAUACGGGCUCUGCGGAGAAAAGGGUACCCAGUGGGCAGCACUCUUCUUCCCAGAAGGGUCUGCAGACGAACUCUUCUGCUCUAGCUCUGGUGAAUGGUUCUUUAGAGAAUUGGGGGGAGUCUGGUGUGGCGUCUGCAAGUCCGCCGACGGAUACUUCAACGGAUGUCGAUACCGAUGACAAAAAUCAAUCGUCUGAAGGUGGUCAAAAUCGAGCGGUGGUAACCGUGGACUCAUCUGACAGAUCAAAGGAGAAAACAGCUGAUCAAAAGACGCUGCGUCGGCUUGCUCAAAAUCGUGAGGCUGCAAGAAAGAGCCGCUUGAGGAAAAAGGCUUACGUUCAGCAGUUGGAAAGUAGCCGGCUGAAGCUGAGUCAGCUUGAGCAGGAGCUUCAGAGGGCACGUCAGCAGGGAAUCUUCAUUGCAGGUGGUUGUGCAGGAGACCAAAGUCAUUCAGUGGGUGGGAAUGGUGCCCUGGCGUUUGAUUUGGAGUAUGCUAGAUGGCUUGAUGAAAAUCAACGGCAGAUAAAUGACCUGAGAGCAGCUGUGAACGCUCAUGUUGGUGAUAAUGAGCUGCGGCUUCUCGUGGAUGCAGUUAUGGCACAGUACGAUGAUCUGUUCAGGAUCAAAGGCGUUGGUGCAAAAGCUGAUGUUUUCCACAUGCUUUCAGGUAUGUGGAAGACCCCAGCUGAGAGGUGCUUCAUGUGGUUGGGAGGUUUCCGAUCUUCAGAGCUUUUGAAGAUCCUAGCACAACAUCUUGAGCCUUUGACUGAGCAGCAGUUAGUCGGCAUAUGUAAUCUUCAACAGUCUUCCCAGCAGGCUGAAGAUGCAUUGUCCCAAGGGAUGGAAGCAUUGCAGCAAUCUCUUUCCGAGACGCUAGCAUCUGGCACUCUGGGACCUUCCGGUUCAUCCGACAAUGUUGCCAAUUACAUGGGUCAAAUGGCAACGGCUAUGGGGAAGCUUGGUACACUUGAGAGCUUUCUUCGCCAGGCCGACCAUCUCCGGUUGCAGACUUUGCAGCAGAUGCACCGCAUACUAACAACUCGUCAAGCGGCAAGGGCUCUGCUUUCUAUAAGUGACUAUUUCUCUCGCCUGCGUGCACUUAGUUCACUGUGGCUGGCACGUCCAAGGGAAUAAAUUGCCUGUUAUAUGGUAGAUCUUGUUAUGCAGAGGAAGCAGCAGUGUAGUCACGUCUCCAAUCCGGUCCCAAGGUCCGAGAGCAAUGUUGAGAAUGAGAAAAUGAAAAUAUUUGUCGGGCUUAGCAGCCGCCAUAACCAUGAGGUUGUAAGGGAUGGGAUGAUAAUCUGCUAGUCCAACAAGGUCCUGUAACCCUGUACAGUAAUAGGUCAAAUUGUAUGCUCAAGCUUCCCUGGGAACACCAGAAUGUAAUUGGGUCGUUUAGUUAUUAUUAAUGUCUUGUUUAUUGCCAUU